AUAAAAUCAAUCUUUUUUCUCUCUUGUCUAUUCUCUGAACUCUCAAUUUACCCUCUGCAAAUACUUGUUCAGAAACCAUUCUCUUCAUUGGUUUCUUAGAGAUUUGCUUACUAUUCCUUUUUGGUUGUACCAAAUUCAUACCCUUAGCUUAUGAUUUAUUCAACAUUCCGUUUAUCCAAUUUGGAAUAGUAAAAAAAUCCAUUUGAUUUUAUUGAAUUUUCUAUAGCUAUUAUUAUAUUUCAAGAAACCACAACUGCAAAUCCAAGAAAACUUCAAAGGUAAUUAAUUAUAUCUCAAAUUUCAAGACUCAAGUGUGUGAAGCCAGCGUUGUACACAACUUUAUUUAAACGUGUUCUUAAGGCAGGAAAAUAAUAAUGGGUGCUGUUAAACUGCAACUUCCGUUGCCUAAAAAUGUUGAUGGAGUUACCCUGGAUCCAAACCCUGAUUGGAGCUUUGAUGCUUUACUGGUCGAGCUCAACUAGAUAGAGAAGAAGCUCAAUGGAUCAUCGAAAUUUCCAUUACCUUUUAUCAAAGCAGAAUCUCGAGAACUCUCGGCUUCAAAGAAUAAUUCUCGGAGAGGCUUUAUUAUGCAAGUGUCUGAUGACGACAUGGAGGAUGUGGAAAAAGACACUAAGGAUGAAGUUGGUGAUCAUUUUGUUAAGGGGGGAAAACGUUUUGCCUGUGACGAAAUCUAUCUGAGUGAUAGCGACCAUUCUGAAGAAGGCCUGGGCAUUGAACUUCAACAUGAUCUAAUGGAUAAAGUAUUAUUAGUGGAAAGUGCUUUAUCUGAAUUAGCUCAUGAGCACCAGCUUACUAUUGCGGAGGAAAUGAGAGAUCAACUAUCAGCACUUGAAGCUGAGUUAAUGGAUGAAAAUCAGAAGCUUGCCUCCACAGUUGAACGGGUUGAGAGAAAUACUGAAGCUCAAAGGGAAAUGAACAGAAAAUUUGACAUGCAGUACCAGCGUAAAAUUGCAGAAGCACUUGAUGAUCACCUAACUGCUGUGCAAAGGGAUCACGAACACAGAUCCCAAAUUGAAGAAAGGAGAAUAAGAGAUGAUGCAGCUCGUGAAGAAGCCAAGAGGAAAGAAAAAGCUCUUCAAGAAGAAAAAGCCCGGCAAGAAAUGAUCAGAGCAGAAGCCAAGGUGCAGGCUAGGCUGGAAGCUGAAAGAGUUGAAAAGAAAAAAGCCGCAGCUCUGGAAGCUGAGAGGAAAGCAGCAAAAGAAGCUGCAGCUGCUGCGGAGAAGAAGGCAUCUGAGUCAUUGAUGAAUGCUCCUUCGGAGGCUAACAAGGUUCCAAAGGAAGUCACUAAUCAUAAACAUUCAGCAGUGGACCUUUCCUUCCAAAUGAUCCACCAGAUGACUGAAGGCAGUGAGUUCCAGUGUUCAGCUUAUCCUUCUCCAGCCCUUCCAUAUACCGGCUAUGCAGUAGCUCUAUGGUUGUCUCAGGCAUUAACUAUAACUGGUACUAAAGAAAAUGUCAGAGUGAAAGCAGAUGAAUUAAUUAAGCUUAUCAGUGAUUCAACAUGUCCACAAUCCAUCAGCAUUGCCAUGUUUGCACAGAAGGUUGUGUCCCUGUGUGUGAACCCUACAGGAAGCUUUAACAGUGCCGUUUAUGCGUAUGGUCGUGUAAUUGUCCUUGUUACUUCAAAGGUCCCUCUUGCCAUGGAUAUUCUCAUAGGCGAGUUGAAUAAAGUUCGCAUUUACGCAGUUCCUAAGUACAUUAUUUACUCAGAGGCAGCAUUUCAGACAAAAGAAGCUUAUUACAAAGCUAUUGGCUACGCAGAGGAAGAUGGGAAGAUAGAAAGUACCAAUAGUUAUGUGGAUCGCUUAAGUGCAUACAUGAAAUUAUAUGGUGCUCUUGUUCAGACUGAAGUUGAAGGCUGCCAAAACUUGCAUGGCCUCAGAGAAGGUUGGGCAUGGAUAGCCAGAUUCUUAAAUGUUCUCCCAGCAAAUUUAUAUACUGCAGCUGCCUUGCAGGCUUUUCUUGAAAUGGCAGGUUUUGCUCUACACAGAAGAUAUAAAACACAAUUCAGAAAGAUGUUGGAUAUCAUUGCUAAAGAUUUUCUAACUGCAUUGAAAGAUCGAGGUGAUGCAAAGUUGAACAAGGUGAUUGUGAAUAUCCGCAACUAUAUAGAGUCAAAUCAGUUUCUGAAGGUACCUGAAGGCUGGCGCCUCAGGAGUAAUUUGGAAUCACACAAUUUCACUCCAGAGUCGGAUCAUCAACAGCAGUAUGGUUACCAACAGAAUAGAUACUAUUACUAGUUCCGUACUGUAGAAAACUUUGGUCCCUUCUUCUUUUCCUUCAGUUACUGAAAAUUUGUUUCAAGUCUAAUGAUAUCAUUAAGACACUUUGUUCCCAUAAUUUGAAUAUGUAACUCCUGUAUCAUUUGUAUAUCGCUAACGAUUGUAAAAGGAAGUUGUGUACCUCUAUUUCUACACUUCCAUUUUUCACUCCAAAGAAUCUCAGGUCAGGGGCAAGUCACUGUAAGGGAAAACAUAGAAUUAUGACUUGGUGGAUGUAAGAGUUAACUUAAGAUUAUUGUAUAAAGUUUUACUAAUAAUCAAGCUCUUUGCAUUUCCUUCUGCGGU